CAAGAAACUGUCGUCUUUUAUAUGGAUUGGUAGCUCUUCACACACUAGGUAACUUUGCUAGACAUGGAAUGAAUCCAAGAUGCUAGCUGGGUUGUUAGCACUAAUUACUUUAAUGCCCAUCUUCUGUGUAUAGCUAGUGUUCCAGGUGCUAAAGAAACUGAUUACCCAGUAGAUGAGUCACUAAAAAGUUUUGGAUUGGAAAGUGACAAAAAACUAAGUGAUCAUGAAGAACAACAGUUUGCUGUUUACAGGUGUACAGGUGUUCCAAGUUUGUCUUCUUCACCUGAAGGAUCUGUAAAAGGUGAUGGAGAACAUGACAAGGAAAUAGUAGACCAAGGAAUUGAAGCCAAAAAUAGCAUUAUUACAGAGAAGAAUGAUAACCAGAAACCCUGGAAAAUAAUAACAGAAUCUGAAUUGAUAAAAGAGGAGGAAUGUGUCGAAACACCAGAUAAGGCAAUAGACUUGGAUAACUUGGAAGAGAUGAGCAGUGCUUUACCAACUGUGUGGUUAGGAUCCCAACGAGGAAGGAUCUACAUACACUCUGCAGUAGCUCAUUGGAGGCGUUGUAUACUCUCCAUAAGACUAAAUGACUCAGUGCUCAGUAUUGUCCACACUAGAGGGAGAGUAUUUGCAGCACUUGCUGAUGGAACUGUGGCAGUAUUCCAUAGAUGUGAAGAUGGACAGUGGGACCUGAAUAACUACCACAUAGUAGACUUGGGUCAUCCUCAUCAGUCAAUUAGAUGUUUGUCUGUUGUAGAUGAGCAUUUGUGGUGUGGUCACAGGAAUCGAGUUCAAGUUCUAGAUGCAAAGACUUUAAACCUGACUAAGACAUUUGAUGCACAUCCUAGAAAAGAAAGCCAAGUUCGACAGAUGGUACGAGUAGGGGAUGGAGUGUGGAUUGCCAUACGGUUGGACAGCACUCUUAGGUUGUACCAUGCUCAAACAUAUACUCAUCUACAAGAUGUCGAUGUUGAACCCUAUGUCAGCAAAAUGCUCGGUGCAGGAAAACUAGGUUUUUCUUUCGUACGAAUAACAGCAUUACUUGCUUCCUGUAAUCGACUCUGGCUUGGAACGGGAAAUGGAGUCAUCAUUUCAAUACCUCUCUCACCAGAUUUUACAAAAACCUGCAGUGAUGACAGAGAAAGUAACAAGGAUGUUGCUACUUCGUUGAAGUUUAUUCCUUAUUGCUCAAUGGUACAAGCACAGUUGUCAUUUCAUGGUCACCAGGAUGUGGUUAAGUUUUUUGUUAGUGUACCAGGACAAAGUCGAAAGAAACCAGAGAACAGUGAAGAUGUUAAAGCUGAAGUUCAUCCACAAAAAAUGUUAAUUAUUUCUGGUGGUGAAGGGUACAUCGAUUUUCGUGUUGGAGAGGAUGAAGAACAAACAGAAGAUGCUGUUGUGGAGAACAAACAUUUUUCUACAUCUAAGGGAGAACAAAGUCAUUUGAUUGUUUGGCAAGUGACAGCCAUCUAAUAAUUAACUACAUCAGGUUGUUGGCCAGUCAUUGUCAUGUUGAUCUUGUAUCAGAUUGAUUUGCCAAUCUGAUAAUUACUACUGAUUGCUUUGUCUACCACUGUGAUUAAGAAGAUUACUCUUUAUAGUUUUUCAAUAAAUUUUGCAAUAAGCAAGGUACAUGAACAGAAACUUUGUUUGUUAAAGUGCAAGAUUUUUUUAAGUAUUUGUUAUGGAAUGUAAAACAUGUGGGAAAAAUAUAAUAUAAUUAUUAACACAAAAUUAUUUGGUGCUUGAUACCAGUGCUUAAGUGUAUGUAAAAAAUAAAUUACAAGGAAUAUUACUGUUUUAAAUUAUGGUAAUUCAAGACAAAAGGUGGUAAGAAAUUCUGUCAACAAUUUAAACAUAAUCCAUUGAGAUUUUAUGUAAAUGUAUAUUUAUUCUAUAACCAAGUUCAGAGAAUUCCACACGUAUCCAGCACCAGUGAGCCUUAUCUGUAGGGCAUUAUGUAUAUGUUGAGGACCACACAGAAGUGCAGUUUUCAAAAAAUUUUGAUUUCAUGUUUAGAAACUGUAAUUCAAGGCUGUUGUUAUGUGUCAUCAUCCUUACCAGUUCAAGUUAAGUUUAUCUUUUUUUCUGUAAGCAUGGGAUUUAACUAAUCUUUAAAUAUACAUUUUCCACAAAAUGUACAUGUAACUAAUUCCUCAGUAUUUCUUUUCGUGGAUGUAAUUGAUAGCUUUGUAUGUUUUCCUUCACAUAUAGCUUCCUCUAAACAGCAAAGGGGACAUAUUGGAUGUCACCAGUAAACCUAACUGUUGUGUAAAAUUUAACAUAUAUUUCUUUUCUAAUAAAGAUCCUGUGAUGACUUUAUAAUUUUGUAAUGUCAAAAUUCAUGUCAAAACACCAAUUUAUGCUUUUGCUCUUGACAAACAUGUAUGUAAGGUUAUUGAUUGAUUUUUCUGAUGUAAUUAUUACUUUGCAACUUUCUCUCCCCCUCCUCCCCACAUAUAUCCACAUAAGCAAAAUAAUAAAACAUCUGUCUAAAAAUGC